UGGAGCUACCAAACAUUUUUUAUGAUUUGAUAAUGUGAUAAGUAUAAAACACGAAGAACAAGCGUACACGAUAUGCGUGCCUUGUUUUCCUCCCAUAUCUCGUUCCUCUUCGGCGGGUUGGUGAAUCACCCGUUAUAGACUACUGAGUACUGACGGGUGGUGCCUUCAUCUGCUGAAUUCAUCUGCUGAAAAAGAGUGGACUGUCUAGGGUUCAUAGCCAAAGGCCAACAAUCAAUCACGAAGAGGAAGAAAGAAUCAAUUCCAUGGGUGUGAUAAAGGCGUCGAUAGCCGAUGGGGUGUUGACUUUCAUGUGGGUGUUCUGCGCUUCUACUAUCGGUGCAGUCACCACCGUCAUCGCAGCUGCACUUGGUGUUCAAGGCGUGGCCUCUCUCUUCAUCACCACCGUGAUUGUUUUUAUCCUCGUCUUCAUUUUCAGCAUCAUCGGCGAAUUCUUGGGUGGGGCCACUUUCAAUCCCACCGCCACCGCCUCUUUUUAUGCCGCCGGCGUCGGAACUGACUCUCUCAUUUCCAUGGCCUUCCGUUUUCCUGCUCAGGCAGCUGGUGCGGUUGGUGGUGCCUUGGCCAUUGCCGAAGUGAUGCCAAUGCAAUACAAGCAUAUGCUAGGGGGGCCUUCUUUGAAAGUUGACUUGCACACUGGAGCCAUAGCUGAGGGGGUGUUAACAUUCGCAAUAACCUUUGCUGUCCUUUUUAUUGUCCUUAGGGGUCCCACCAGACCAGUUUUGAAGAUGUGGUUGAUUUCCAUGUCAACUGUAGCGUUGAUUGUUGCAGGUUCCAGUUACACUGGACCGUCCAUGAAUCCUGCCAAUGCAUUUGGCUGGGCAUAUAUAAACAAUAGGCACAACACAUGGGAGCAGUUCUAUGUAUACUGGAUCUGUCCCUUCAUUGGAGCAAUAGUGGCUGCUGGGAUUUUCCGCGUCGUCUUUCCUCCUCCUCCAGUAAAGUCGAAGAAAUCAAAGAAACCGAAGAAAGCCUGAAAAGGCGGAAGCAACUCAAUCUUGUUAGUUGCUUUGGUGAAAAAAUCAUGCUGUGUUCUUCUUGGACAUCAUGUUGGGUUAGGUUUGGUUUAUUCGCAUCUGGUGGACCCUGAACAUGGUCUUGUCAAUCUAAAGGCAGUGAAUUUUAAACCUGCAAUUAAUUAACUUCAAUUGUCUACUUUAUAUUGCAUAUCAAUUUGUUGCUUUACCAA